UCCGCGGACUGUGCACAGUUCUUGAGGUGGGAACAGAAGAGAAGGCCCGGGGGGCCGGGGAGGGGGUACCCAGGCUCUGCACAGAUCCUCAGGGGCUCCUGGCAGCAGGAAAGAAGCUAUACAUCAGAGUGGGGGACUUGUGCCCUGGGGCUGCCUGGCAUCUGGGGGCCUCCUCAGAGCCAGGGCUCUUUCUGGUUGAGGCUGAGACUCACUGGUGUCAUCAGGCCCCUCCAUGAAUGAGACAAACGAAACACUUGGGGGGCCCUCGGAGCUCCCCACAGCAUCUGCUGUGUCCCCUGGCCCAGGCACUGGGGCUCGGGCGUGGCCUGUGCUGGUAGGAUUUGUGCUGGGAGCUGUGGUCCUCUCGCUCCUCAUCGCACUUGCUGCCAAAUGCCACCUCUGCCGCCGAUACCAUGCCAGCUACCGGCACCGCCCACUGCCUGGGACAGGAAGGGGGGGCCGCCCACAGGUGGCUGAAGAUGAGGAUGAUGAUGGCUUCAUCGAGGACAAUUACAUUCAGCCUGGGACUGGCGAGCUGGGGACAGAGGGUAGCAGGGACCACUUCUCCCUCUGAGCUCCCAUCUUUGGACCCUCCCCAUCCCCUCCAUGCCUGACAGCUUAAGGACAGUGGUUAUGACACGGGGGUUCCUCGAACCUCAGGGACAGAGGUGGCUGCGGCUUAAAGGUUGGUCAGGGAUGGAGUAAACCUCACUUCCCUGACACUAGCCAGCAAAGUGACAAUGACCCUCUCUUGCUCAAUAACUCUCAAUGGUUCCCUGCUGUUCUCAGGAUAAAGCCAAACAAAGGCUUGAGUGUGGACAUAA